AUGUUGAAUGCUAAGGUGAAGCCGACUUUGCAUCAAGAGCUAGCUUCUGAGCCACAUAUGGAACUCUUAGAGGAGAUGAGCAUUGCAAAUCUUCAGCAAGAAUAUGAGGCCAUGGUCGGUGAAAAUAGAGAGCGUGAAGGUGGACUAGUGGCUCUUAUGAGGAGAAAUCAUGAGAAAUAUGCAGCCCAGGCAGGGCAAGAGAUUGCCAAGCUAAAGGAGCCGCUUGCUGCUGAAGCCGGAAAACCGAGCAGAGACCCGGAGAAGAAACUCAGUGCUAUUGAAGGAGAGUUUCCAGAUCUUAAGGGCCUUCUGAACAAGAUCAUGGGUGGUAAACGUAAUGAACUCAACCGGGAGACUCCUGUCAAGAAACUGCAAGCUUUGUAUGCGCUAACACGUCAGUUGUACAUUGGAGAAAUCGGUCAGAAAGAUGCUGAUGGAGCCGGCAAAGAUGAAGCCCCCAAGACCAAGGAUGAUGGGCAGGAGAAGCCAGCUGAGAAGAAGGGCGACGACCCGGCUUUAUCCAUCGCAGAAAAGAGUAAGGACUCAGCUUCAACCAAAAGGCCAAGGAGAGAUGAUGCGGCGCCGCCGCCGGACCCCGACGUCCCCGGUCCUAGGAGAUCGAUCUAUCUCACAAAAAAAAUGGAAAACAAGAUUGACCUAUCAUUAUCGAUGGACGAUGCGCCGCCGCUGGCCAGGGACUGGUCGCUGCUGCCCUUUGACGCUCUCUCUUCGAUCUUCACCCGGGCCGGCGCCGUCGAAGUCCUCAUGGGCGCCGGUCUCGUGUGCCGCUCGUGGCUCGAGGCCGCGAAGCUGCCGGACGUGUGGCGAGCCAUCGACAUGGACAAGCACGAGGUCUUGUUCCUGAAGGACGAUGCUGUCCUGCGCGCGAUGGCGAAGGCCGCCGUGCACCGUUCCGGCGGACAGCUCAGGGUGUUCGCCGGGAAGCACUUUGUCACCGAUGAGCUCAUCAAGUCUAUCCUAGAAAGCUCGCCCUUACUUAGAACCCUUCGGCUUGUAUCCUGCCACAACGUCUUCAGCAAACAUAUCGCCAGUGCUAUGAAACAAUCGCCUCUGCUGGAGCUGCGUUCCCUUGAACUUGGCAACACUGACAUCACCCUCGAAGACCUGACCACCGUCCUCGAGGGCUGCCGUGUUCUGGAGGUUCUUUCAGUGUGCGAUUGUUUCGAGAUCGACGACGAGGAGGAGCGUGCCCUGCGGGCAAAAUUCGCCAGGAUCAAAACCAUGACGCUCGAAUGGGAUGAUGACGAUUGCUGCAACUGUUCUUGUUAUUACGGGUACUCCGACAAUUCGAGCACUCCAGACUGUGAAGAUGAGAGGACAUAGUGUGCAAUGUGAUCUGUGAUCAU